UGCUGGUAGGAGCCCCCAGGGAGAAACCGCUUCGAAAUCCUUCAGUGUUAGUGCCUCUCCUUCAGGAACACCUAUGGCUCCGGGAUCACAGCUCGACUCUCUAAGCUGCUCAUAAGCCAGCCAGCUUUCUGAUGGGAUUUAAACUUUGAAGUGAGUGUGGCCAUUUUUUCUCUCAGUUGAAAGGAUCGCUUCAACUUCCGCUUUGUAAUUGCUUCCUUUCCUUGAAGGGAGCUGAAUCUUCCUCUCUUUAAAAAAAACGCCGUCCUUCCAAAGUUGCCUGCCAUGCCGACCGUCAUUAGUGCGACUGUGGCCCCAAGGACAGGGGCUGAGCCCAGGUCCCCAGGGCCUGGGCCUCACCCGGCCCAAGGAAAGACCACCGAGGCUGGGGGCGGACACCCAAGUGGCAUCUAUUCAGCCAUCAUCAGCCGCAAUUUCCCAAUUAUUGGAGUGAAAGAGAAGACUUUUGAGCAGCUCCACAAGAAGUGCCUGGAAAAGAAAGUUCUCUAUCUGGAUCCCGAGUUCCCGCCAGAUGAGACCUCUCUCUUUUACAGCCAGAAGUUCCCCAUCCAGUUCGUCUGGAAGAGACCUCCGGAAAUUUGUGAGAAUCCCCGAUUUAUCAUUGGUGGAGCCAACAGGACUGACAUCUGCCAAGGAGAUCUAGGGGACUGCUGGUUUCUUGCAGCCAUUGCUUGCCUGACCCUGAACGAGCGACUGCUUUUCCGAGUUAUACCCCAUGAUCAAAGUUUCGUUGAAAACUAUGCGGGGAUCUUCCACUUCCAGUUCUGGCGCUAUGGAGACUGGGUGGACGUGGUUAUUGAUGACUGUCUGCCAACAUACAACAAUCAGCUGGUUUUUACCAAAUCCAACCACCGCAAUGAGUUCUGGAGCGCCCUACUGGAGAAGGCUUACGCUAAGCUCCAUGGUUCCUAUGAAGCUCUAAAAGGUGGGAACACCACCGAAGCCAUGGAGGACUUCACAGGAGGGGUGACAGAGUUUUUUGAGAUCAAAGAUGCACCCAGUGACAUGUACAAGAUCAUGAGGAAAGCCAUCGAGAGAGGUUCCCUCAUGGGCUGCUCCAUCGAUACAAUUGUUCCCGUGCAGUAUGAGACGAGAAUGGCCUGCGGGCUGGUGAAAGGUCACGCCUAUUCGGUCACCGGGCUGGAGGAGGCCCUGUUCAAAGGCGAGAAGGUGAAGCUGGUGCGGCUGCGGAACCCCUGGGGCCAGGUGGAGUGGAACGGCUCUUGGAGUGAUGGUUGGAAGGACUGGAGCUUUGUGGACAAAGAUGAAAAGGACCGUCUCCAGCAUCAGGUCACUGAGGAUGGAGAGUUCUGGAUGUCAUACGAAGACUUUGUCUACCAUUUCACAAAGCUGGAGAUCUGUAACCUCACAGCGGACGCCCUGGAGUCUGACAAGCUCCAGACCUGGACGGUGUCUGUAAACGAGGGCCGCUGGGUGAGGGGCUGUUCAGCCGGAGGCUGCCGCAACUUCCCAGACACUUUCUGGACCAACCCGCAGUACCGUCUAAAGCUCCUAGAGGAGGACGAUGACCCCGAUGACUCUGAGGUGAUCUGCAGCUUCCUGGUGGCUCUGAUGCAGAAGAACCGGCGCAAGGACCGGAAGCUAGGAGCCAACCUCUUCACCAUUGGCUUUGCAAUCUACGAGGUUCCCAAAGAGAUGCAUGGGAAUAAGCAACACCUGCAGAAGGACUUUUUCUUGUACAAUGCCUCCAAGGCCAGAAGCAAAACCUAUAUCAACAUGCGGGAAGUGUCCCAGCGCUUCCGCCUGCCCCCCAGCGAGUACGUCAUUGUGCCUUCCACGUAUGAGCCCCAUCAGGAGGGGGAAUUCAUCCUCCGGGUCUUCUCUGAGAAGAGGAAUCUCUCUGAGGAAGCUGAAAACACAAUCUCUGUGGAUCGGCCAGUGCCCAUCAUCUUUGUUUCAGACAGAGCAAACAGCAACAAGGAGCUGGGUGUGGACCAGGAGGCAGAGGAGGGCAAAGACAAAGCAGGGCCCGAUAAGCAAGGGAAAGCCCCACAGGCACGGCCUGGCCACACAGACCAGGAGACUGAGGAGCAGCAACAGUUCCGGAACAUCUUCAGGCAGAUCGCAGGCGAUGACAUGGAGAUCUGUGCAGACGAACUCAAGAACGUCCUGAACACAGUGGUGAACAAACACAAGGACCUGAAGACACAAGGGUUCACUCUGGAGUCUUGCCGAAGCAUGAUAGCUCUCAUGGAUACAGAUGGCUCUGGGAGGCUGAAUCUGCAGGAGUUCCAUCACCUCUGGAAAAAGAUCAAGGCCUGGCAGAAAAUCUUCAAACACUAUGACACAGACCAUUCCGGCACCAUCAAUAGCUAUGAGAUGCGAAACGCGGUCAACGAUGCAGGCUUCCACCUCAACAGCCAACUCUAUGACAUCAUCACCAUGCGCUAUGCAGACAAACACAUGAACAUCGACUUUGACAGUUUCAUCUGCUGCUUCGUCAGGCUGGAGGGGAUGUUCAGAGCUUUCAAUGCAUUCGACAAGGACGGAGAUGGCAUCAUCAAACUGAAUGUUCUUGAGUGGCUGCAGCUUACCAUGUAUGCCUGAACCACAGGCCUCAUGCAAGAUCAACCAGGACUCCAACCCAACCCAGCUACCCAGCUAGAGCCAUUGACCACAAAGAAUCCGGUAGAAGCCUAGGGGGCUUCUGGUCUUGUUCCUUCUCCACUAUGCCCCCAAAUCUUUGUAUCCAGCCUGAUGCUCGGGAGAACUCUCUUUGUCACCCGAAGGCUAGUGUCUGUCCGACCUAGAUGCAGCCCCACUGCUGAUUCUGAACUGCCCACUUAGCUUACACUGGGCUGUCUACAGUACCUGCUAGAGGUACUCACAAACACAGGAGCCCAGUCACCAAGUCUACAUCCAGUUCUGCCAGUUUUAGGAUGGGUUUACUCUGGGGUAAGCAGGGCAGAUACUUUGGGGUAUCUGACAAUUUGGCUGGGUUCUGAAAAAAGCUAUCUAAAUAAAGGCACAUGUAUGGCUGGUUCCAGUUUUCUUAUCACUUCUCAGCCACAGCAUGACUGUCUUCCAGAUAUACUUUUAUUUAUCACCUCCACAAAGACCUAGUUUGAGGCUAGGGAGAUGAUUCAGUAGACACAGGCAUGGAGGACCCCAGUAGAGACCCCUAAAGUCAAGUGUGGCAGCUCACACCUGGAACUCCAGUACUGGAGAGCAAAGACAGGGAUUCUACAGACCUGCUGUCCAGCCAGUCGAGUCAAAGGGACAGUAUAUAAGGUGGAGGUCAGGCAGUGGUGGUCCGCGCCUCUAAUUCCAGCACUUGGAAGGUGGAGGUAGGAGGAUCUUAGUGGGUUAGAGGCCAGCCUGGUCUACGAAGUAAGUUCCAGGACAGCCAGGACUGUGUCUUGAAAAACCAAAAAAGCCUACUGGAGGAGUGAUCCUGUACUCUCAUACCAAAGCGAGACAAAGAAAGGGGAUCCUUGGCCUGAUUGGCUAGUCUAGCUGAGCUGGCAAGUUCUGGGUUAAAGGGAGAGACACCUGGGCUUUCAUGAGAAAGGUGGAGGCUGCAGCAAGACAGUAUCAACCUGACCUCCACAGGCAUGCGCACACCUGCACACAGGGAGAUGGAGGAAAGCACCCAAAGCCGAUCUGACCCCCACACCUGCACACACGUAUACAACACAAAGAAAACCCUGUAUAGAAUCGGGUGGUGGUGGCGCACACCUUUAAUCCCAGCACUUGGGAGGCAGAGGCAGGCGGAGUUUGGAGCCAGCCUGGUCUACAGAGCAAGUUCCAGGACAGGCUCCAAAGCUACACAGAGAAAUCCUGUCUUGAAAAACAAAACAAUAAAACCCUGUUUAGCCUAUGGAUAUUCCUGAUUCUGUUAGGUACUGGAAAGGUUGGGUCUGGUUAGUGUAUUAGUGGGGAAAAGCAAGCUCUAGUUUCAGGAUAAUAUAGUGGGAAAUACAUAUAAAAUCAAAGGCUUGA